ACGGGCGGGAGACUUCUUCAACAGCGACAAAAGGUUCCUGGUUAACCCACGCGGUGCUUUGCUAACAAACCUAAAAAUUGAAGCUCUUUAGACCUAAUCUUGUGUAUAUUACUCUUAGUGUUUUGAACAUAAUUCUGUUUACCUAUCUACUGGUUCAUUUAAACGUAAUUGGCUUGUUAAAUUAGCAAAUGUGUUACAUUGAUGCUGCACUAGGCUAAUCUCCCGGACCAUAAACUCACUGAUCUCGACGGAGAAAGAAACUGGUGAAAGGAGGCAAAGAAGCUUGAAGAAUGAAAGAAGAGGAUGAUAUUACAGUGAAAGAAGAGGAUGAUAUUACAGUGAAACAAGAGGAUGAUAUUACAGUGAAACAAGAGGAUGAUAUUACAGUGAAAGAGGAAUAUGGGAACGACGUUGUCAAAGUGGAAAAAGGGGUAGGAGCUUUCAGAAUCAAAAAGGAGGAAGAACAUUUUGAAGUAAAAGAGGAGGAUUUCUCAAUAAAAGAAGACGAGACCGAACAUCCGAUUACCACCAGAGAGAGACAUGACUAUCGUGGAUCCUCUGGGGAGCCUCAACAACCUCAUGAAGCUGAAGAGGCAGAGAAGAGUCUCUCCACAUCAGAACACCAGAUGGACAACGCUAGCCGUUCCGUCCUCCCGGAGUCCCAGUGUCGUGCCUCUCCCGGGAUGAAGAGGUUGUCUCUGCUGCUGGUGGACUGCAGGAAAGCAACGGGGCUGAGUGGAACUGUGAGAGGAGGAGGAGAGAAGACCGGAUCAGAUUUGACACAUAAAAAAAUUGAGAGUGACAUAGAAGGAAUGGAUGAGGACUCUGUGAGUGAUCUGAGUUUGGAUUCCAGCGCGGAUGACAUGUUUUUGGAAGAAGAAGAUCCACUUUUCGAUCAACCUAUCGGCUGCCUUCGAUACUGUGAACCAUCAGAUCCUCCUCUCCACACUCUCCGAGUUGGGCAUCUCCGGCGCGGCCCACGCUUGGAUUGCGUCCUGCCUGACAGUGGCACUGACCCCGACUGGGAGCCCCCGGUGCCAACUUGUCCAUCCCCCUCUGAAGCUGGUUCAUCCAGCUGUACCCCUGCUGUCUCUGGCUCCACACCUCCCGGGCCGUCUAGAGGACCGACAAAGAAGAGGAAGAGGGGAAGUGUGCCAUCCGCUAACAGAGGGACAGAAUGGCGUUGGCACACCGUCCUAGAAGACGAUGUGGAGCCACCCCAACCGACCUUUAGGCCGAAAAGGAAGCCGGGACCUCAGCUAAACAUGACUGCUACGUACAGCCCCCUUCAGCUUUUUCAGCUGUUCUUCACCCAAUCCGUUGUAGAGUCGCUCGUGUCCAACACGAAUAAGAAUGGGAAGAAGAAGCAAGCGGGCAAAACGGCAGCAUGGAAGCCCAUAUCCACGGCAGACUUUUUCUGCUACCUUUCUCUGGUCAUCUACAUGGGGCUGGUGAGGCUGAAAAGCCUGAAGGGCUACUGGAAAACGUCGUCUCUCUACCAACUGCCUUUCCCCUCGUCUGUUAUGUCCCGCAAAAGGUUUCUGGAUCUCUCCCAGGCGCUUCACAUCAGUGACCCAAAGGUUGAUGAAGAGAAUGAGAAGAAGAGAGGCACAGCGAGGUUUGAUACACUGUGCAAAAUCAAACCUCUCUACCACAGCAUUGUCGAGGCCUGCAAGACGUACUUUCAGCCAGCCCAGAACGUGUCAAUCAAUGAGAGGAUGGUGGCCUCAAAGGACAGCAUUGGCCUCCAACAAUACAUGAGAAACAAACCAACCAAGUGUGGUCUGAAGCUGUUUGUGUUGGCUGAUUCUGAGUGUGCCUACACGUACAAUUUCUUUGUCUACGAGGGGAAGAACAGUUUUGCUUCCGGUAAGGAACUCAGCUAUGCCUCUGUAAUGGCGUUGUUGGAUUUUCAACUGCUGGGGAAGGGCUACAAACUGUUUGUGGAUAACUUCUACACAAGCCCUGCCCUGUUUGCAGACCUGAUGAAGCUGGAUGUGUGGGCUUGUGGCACCAUUCGUACCACCAGGGUGGGCUUCCCGAAGACGAAGGUGGACGACAUGCCCAAGCGGGCUGAGCGGGGGACCAUGCGAUGGAUCCGUGAAGAUGGCCUGCUGUUUGUGAAGUGGAUGGACGCCAGAGAGGUGGUCGUGUGCUCCACUAUCCACAAGUCCUUCAGUGGGGAUCACGUCAACAGGCGUGUGAAGGACGCUACCGGGGCAUGGGCCACUAAAAGUGUCCCCAUCCCUGCAGCCAUCAAGGACUACAACCAGAGCAGAGGAGGUGUAGACCUAUCCGACGCUCUUAUAGGAUACUACGAUGUUCUCCAUAAGACAAAGAAAUGGUACAAGACAUUGUUUUAUCAUUUCAUUGACAUUGCUGUGGUGAAUGCCUUCAUCCUCCAGAAGGAAAUGGCCAAGAGCCGUGGACAGCCCCCCAUCUCACAGCUAGCCUUCAGAGAGCUGCUCAUCCAGGAGCUUGCUAGCUACAGCAGGUCCACUGCAGCACCUUCAGUCCCCUCUACCUCUGUCCCUUCUGUUCCUACAACCAGUGGUGUGCACAUGCUUAAAUUCCUUAUUGCAGGUGAGAAUGAGUGCAAAAGGAAUUCAGUAAGGAGGCUUCGUUGUGCUCUUUGCCACAAGAAAUCCUCUGUCGGCUGCGACACCUGUUCAGUGACCCUCUGCUUCACAGCAGAAAGAGACUGCUAUGGGCUGUGGCAUCAGCAGCACAAUAUUGUGUAGAGGCUCUUCACAUUAUUGAACAUUGAGUGUAAAUAGUUACCCAUGUUGUUAAUUAUUUUUUUUGAAAUGUUCAUUUUUUUUCAUCAAUUUUCCAAAAUAUAUUUUUCCGGGUAUGUUUGAAUAAUUUUUAAAAAUUUUGUAUAUAGUUAUUUUCAGCAAUGUACCCAUGUACCAAUUCGGCCACUUGGGUACAUUUGGGAAACUUGUGAGGGACACCUGGGUGACUACAUACCCAAUGGCAUGUACCUCACUCAUUCCUAGAGGAAUCUGUCUGAAACUUUGGGCAAAUACUGGUGCCUGGUUAUUCUCUCAUUUGAAAGUAUCCACAGUAGCAUAACUGAAUAUUUUGAUGUUCUAGUUGAUUUUAAAGAUGCUACAACAAUAAAAUAACUGAAAAAC